AUGGGUUGGCUUUUUUGUAUUCCUCCGCAGUGGCGCCACCAAGUGGCUAGAGACAAAAAGUUUUCAGGUUGUCCCUCUACAACAGUGGUCCCCAACCCCCGGGCCCUGGCCCAGUACCGGGACAUAAUUAAUGGCCAUCAGACCAUCGAGUGUGUGGACAGGGCGGGGUUUCACCACACCAUGCCGGACCGCUAUUGGCUGCAGAGGAACAAAUACAGAGAAUACCAGUGGAUCGGACUGAAUGACAGAACCAUCGAGGGAGACUUCCGCUGGUCGGACAGUAACCCCCUGCUCUAUGAGAACUGAUACCGAGGCCAGCCCGACAGCUACUUCCUGUCCGGAGAGGACUGUCCGGUGAAGGUGUGGCACGAUGGCGGCCAGUGGAGCGACGUGCCGUGCAACUACCACCUGUCCUACACCUGCAAGAAGGGAGUCUCCUCUUGUGGCGAGCCCCUGCAGGUUCGCCACGCGAAGGUGUUUGGGAAGAAGCGUUUGGGUUUCGAGACCAACACCAAGGUGCGGAGACCAACACCAAGGUGCGGUUACUACUGUGAGGAGGGUUUGGUUCAGAAGCUGAAUCCGGUGAUCAAGUGCCUGCCCGGCGGCCAGUGGGAGGAGCCUCUGAUCACCUGCACGCCACCCCGCUCAGUGGAAGAAGACGAGGUCACAUAUUACAAGAAUAAAGUGUGGUAG